UGAUGUUUUACGACAUCAUCCGUAGAAAGAAGAACAGCUGCAAGAAUGAACGAAUAUGGACCAUCAUAGUCCACGCUCAUCUUGUACCUAUUUUGUUACAAUGUUUUUCCUACAUGAGCGAGGCUCCAAGAGAUCCCACAUUGUUGUAUAUCAUAUAUCGGUCUUUUCAUGUCAAUCUUUCCGACUAUUAACUCCGGCUAGGUUCGAUGAGACGGUGAUCCCCGCUGAAUAUGCGGUUCUCAUUCGCCACCUUUCCUUCGGGGCGUUGGAAGACGUCACUCCACAUGGCUUCACUGUCAUCUUGUACCUAAAUCUGCAUCUUGCAUGUGCAAGCGAGUUCCCUCUUUAUGUACCAUUCUGAAUACAAUACCUCCUUACCUUACUUGAAACCUGUCUGUCCUUGUCAGUCCGGAUAAGGCCAUCCUGUCUGUCGCACUGUAGUGUCGUGCUGCAGUAUUCCGUAUCUACUACUCCUAUCUAUUCUUAACAACAUCAUCAGAAAAUAUAGAUCUUUGAUGUAUUUCACUCGACCAUUUCUACAAACGUUGAGACGUCAAAUCCUCAAUCAAACCCCAGUUCAAACCAUAUCUAGAAAGAUGUCAGGGAAUACCAAAUCCAAGUUUUCUCAUCUACCCCUGAGUACUAGUGGUCCGAUAGAAUGCGCCGUCUCGGGAACCGUCUUAUUGAACACACCUUAUUUCAACCGUGGUUCGGCACACUCGGCCGAAGAGAGACGCGAAUUCAACCUCACGGGUUUGCUACCUACUAGUAUCCAGACCCUUGAUCAGCAAGUCGAGCGUGCAUACCAGCAGUAUACUUCUAGACAUGAUGACUUGGCUAAAAAUACCUUCUUGACGUCGCUCAAGGAGCAAAAUUUGGUCCUGUACUUUAGACUCUUACAAGAUCACAUGAAGGAGAUGUUCAGUGUUGUAUAUACACCAACGGAGGGUGAUGCGAUACAGAACUUCUCCCGUUUAUUCCGACGGCCUGAGGGGUGCUUUCUCAAUAUUAACGAUAUCGAUAGAGUUUCUCAUGACCUUGCUCAGUGGGGGAAACCUGAGGAUAUUGAUUACAUUGUUGUAACGGAUGGCGAAGAGAUACUCGGAAUCGGAGAUCAAGGCGCGGGAGGAAUUCUUAUCUCGGUCGCAAAACUCGUACUCACUACUCUUUGCGCCGGCAUACAUCCUAACCGAACACUGCCUGUUGUGCUCGAUUGCGGAACGGAUAAUGAGAACCUUCUGAAUGAUGAUUUGUAUCUCGGCCUACGCCAGAAAAGGGAACGGGGGAAAAAGUACGAUGAGCUUGUUGACACCUUCGUUAAAUCCGCCCGCAAAUUGUUUCCCCGCGCUUAUAUCCAUUUUGAAGAUUUCGGCUUGACAAAUGCACGCCGUAUUCUGGACCAUUACCGGCCGGAGAUUCCCUGUUUCAAUGAUGAUGUUCAGGGCACUGGGUGUGUAACACUUGCGGCUAUUAUGGCGGGGCUGCAUGUGAGCAAGCAGAAACUCCGAGAUACGAAAAUGGUUAUCUUCGGCGCCGGCACCGCUGGUGUUGGCAUCGCUGACCAAGUACGCGAUGCUAUUGCCACCGAAAAAGGUAUCGGCAAGGAAGAGGCCGCAAAGCAAAUUUGGCUCAUCGAUAAGCCCGGUCUACUCACAACAAAAACCGACCUGGACCAAGGCCAGCAAACCUACGCCAAAGAAGUCUCAGAAUGGGAUAGCAAAGAGCGAUCCCUCCUCUCCGUCAUCAAAGAAGUCCAUCCAAACGUCCUAAUCGGCACAUCCACAGUUCCCAAAUCAUUCACCGAGGAAAUCAUCAAAGAAAUGGCCAAAGGAACAAACCGCCCCGUCAUCCUCCCCCUAUCAAAUCCAACCCGUCUCCACGAAGCAGUUCCCGAGGAUAUACUAAAAUGGACAGAAGGUCGGGCUCUAGUAGCCACGGGCUCACCCUUUGCCCCUGUAAAAGGUCCUUGGGGCCCCGAGGGCAAGGAGAUUGAGAUCGAAAUCGCGGAAUGUAAUAAUUCCGUCGUUUUCCCCGGGAUAGGCCUCGGCGCCGUACUCUCCCGCGCAAAAAGAGUAACAGAUAAAAUGCUCGUGGCCGCGGUUCGCGGCGUCGCGGAUUUAAGUCCAGCGCUAAAAGAUGAUACUGCGCCGCUAUUACCCGGGGUUGAGGAUGUGAGAGCGGUUAGUGUGAGGGUUGCGAGAGAGGUUAUUAUGGCGGCGGUUGAGGAUGGCGUUGUGGGGGAGAGUGGGAUACCGGUUGAGGAUGGGGGGUUGGAUGAGUGGAUUAGAGAGCAGAUGUGGGAUCCUGUGUAUCGCCCUUUGAAACGCGUUGAGCCUGCUGGCGCUAGUCGGGCGGCGAAGGCGGAACUUAAGGUCGUGGGGAGUUUGGAGAGGGUUGAGGAUAAAGUUGCCCGGGAGUAGGGUGGUGUUUUGCGUGCGUUAUAUUCGUUUGUUUUUCUUUAUAGAAGGUCUUCGAUCGACGAGAGGAUGGUUGUGUAUUCAUACGUUGAAAUAAGAAACGUCCGAGUGCCUUGUAUUAGGUGACUCGAGUCUAAGACAUACGUCUAUUAUAAUAUUCAACGGCUAGAUACAGCCGUUAGUCAUGAAUAACUUUAGUAUCUGGUUCUUAGUAAUUAAUAGCUGCAUAUGGGACACUUCAGAACACUCCAAUCCCCUAUAUAACUCAAGUUAUGCAAGUAGUAUAUCAUGAUAAUCCUAUUCAUUCUCUUCAUAUGUA